AUGUACAUGCGUCCCUUCCUGCCCAAUGUUUUUUUCUCCAAGCGCUUCGUGCACGCAAAGGUCAUGCACAGGGGCACCAGCAAGGUCAUCGCCGUCGCCACCACCAACGCCAAGGACCUCCGGCUCACCCUCCCGUCCCUUGUCGACGACAACGCCUGCAGGACCAUCGGGAGGCUCAUCGCCGAGAGGUCCAUGGACGCCGACGUCUUUGCUCUGGCCUAUGAGCCCAAGAAGAACGAGAGGAUCGAGGGCAAGCUCGGGAUCGUGAUUGACACCAUUAAGGAGCACCAUUAA